AUGAAUCACGGAAAUAUUCGAACCUUUGGGAAGGAAGGACAUCUUAUUUAUUGGGGCGACGCCGUAACCGUAUUAGACGAGAAGGUUCCGGACGAAUCCGCUGACCUAAUCUUCGCUGACCCUCCAUACAGUAUAGGUAAGAAAUUUGCUAACUUUCAUGAUAAAUGGCCGUCGGAGGCAGAAUACGCGAAGUGGUGCGAGAGCUGGCUUGAAUUGUGCAUCGCUAAAUUAAAGCCAACUGGCAGCCUCUACGUUAUGGCCAGUACACAGUGUGCUCCGCAUCUUGAUUUGUUUCUUCGCGAACGGAUAUACAUCGCAUCUCGAAUAGUAUGGCAUUACGACAGUUCAGGAGUCCAGGCGAAACGGCACUUCGGCUCGAUGUACGAACCAAUACUGUUCUGCGUCAAGGACAAAGAAAAUUACACCUUCAACGCCGACGCCAUCAAAGUGAAAGCGCGAACUGGAGCGGAACGAAACCUCAUCGACUAUCGAAAAACUAAGCCAUCUCGCUACAAUACAGAGAAGGUUCCAGGUAACGUCUGGUAUUUUCCCCGUGUCCGCUACCGUAUGCACGAGUACGAAGACCAUCCCACGCAAAAACCGGAAUCGCUGCUGGAACGUAUUAUUUUGGCGAGCAGUAACCCUGGGGACGUGGUUCUCGACCCCUUCUCUGGAACAUUCACAACUUCUGCUGUCGGAAAACGAUUGCGCAGAAAGACCAUUGGUAUCGACUUCGUAAAGGACUACAUCAAGAUCGGGCUUCGUCGAUGCGACAUCCAGUGUGUUUUGGAUGAUGAGCGCUUGCUUCCAGUUGAAAAGAACGUCGAACGUCGGAACGCGAAUGGGAUACUUGGCGGUGCCAAUAAGGCCAAAGAAUCCGCAACGUCCUAUAGCUAA